GAACACUAAUAACAGCUGUUACUUCAGUUUUUAUAUCCUAUUUUGCCUGUCGGUCUAAAAACCUAUUUUUGUCAAAUCAGUGAAUAAUUUGGUCUCUGAACAUACUGUAUAAAAUAUAAAUAUAUUCCCCUUUCUGUUUUUAUUUACUAAUCAACAUGAUAUUGUUCUCACUAACUUCUUGAUCAAGACAAAAAACAAAAACGCGCAAAAACAAAGUAGAAUUCUAGAGUGAAAUAGGAAAAAGAAAAUCUCUCCUAUUGUGUGUCACUGUUUGCUGAGUGAGGAAUUGCAGAUUUUGUGACUUUUUUUUUUUUUUUUUCACAUUUGGACCUAAAAUACAUGACAUACAACCAAGGACACUUUUAUUACCAGGUAUCCAGGAUGAACAUUGACGAUUAUUUCAGUGAUAAAAACAAACAUAUUCAAUUGCCAUGGGAAGAUACAUGGGGUAUGACUGUGAGUUCUGGUUCUGUGACGCUCCAGAAAGAUGCCCAAAAUCUCAUUGGAAUUAGUAUUGGUGGAGGUGCACCUCUGUGUCCUUGUCUCUAUGUGGUCCAAGUGUUUGACAACACUCCUGCAGCAAAGGAUGGCCAGUUAGCUUCGGGUGAUGAAAUUGUUGGCGUCAAUGGACAGACUGUUAAAGGAAAAACCAAAGUUGAAGUCGCCAAAAUGAUUCAAGCCAUCAAGGGAGAAGUCACAGUUCAUUUCAAUAAACUUCAUGCUGACCCAAAACAAGGGAAAUCAUUGGACAUAGUAUUGAAAAAGGUCAAGCAUCGUUUUGUGGAAAAUAUGAACUCCAACACAGCAGAUGCUUUAGGGUUAAGUCGAGCCAUCUUAUGCAAUGAUGGGCUUGUUAAGAAACUGGAAGAACUAGAAAAAACUGCUGAGAUGUACUGUGGCUUGAUUGAACAUGCUAAAAGGCUAUUGAAAGCAACAUUUGAACUAUCUCAGUCAUAUAAAACCUUUGGAGAUGUCUUUGUUGGCAUUGGAGUGAGGGAGCCUCAGCCCAGAGCCAGUGAGGCAUUUUCAAAAUUUGGUGAAGCUCACCGUGACAUGGAGAAGUUUGCAAUAAAAAUGAUACGAACAGUCAAACCUAUGAUUUGUGACUUACACACCUUUCUCAACAAGGCAGUACCAGAUACUCGUCUUACAAUCAAGAAGUAUCUAGACUCUAAAUUUGAAUAUUUGUCAUACUGUCUUAAGCUGAAAGAAAUGGAUGAUGAAGAAUACAGUUACGCUGCUCUUCAAGAACCACUUUACCGAGUUGAAACUGGCAAUUAUGAAUAUAGAUUGAUCCUGAGAUGUCGCCAAGAUGCUAGGACACGUUUUGCUAAAAUGCGCUCAGAUGUUUUGGUCAAGAUAGAAUUAUUGGAUCAGAAACAUGUGCAAGACAUUGUAUUUCAACUGCAGCGAUUUGUAUCAGCCAUGUCUAAAUAUCACAGUGACUGCCAUUCAGUAAUGAAAGAAGCUGUAGUUUUCCCAAUUGAAGUUGAUUUAUCUCGCAGCACUCUGACAUAUGACCAUUCCAAUGACUUUAACGAUGAUGAUGGAGAUGAAAUUGAAGAAGGUGAAGAAGCAAUGGCAGAUAGAUUGAACACUGAGCCUGUUGACAACAAUACUGGCCUAAUUGACCUCAUGACUGCUGACUAAUCAGCAAAUUUUUCCCUGUAUCUUUUAAAAAAUUUUAAUAUAUUAUGAAGGCCUAAUUUUUAGUUGUUAUUGUUGUACAUAUUUAUACAACAAAACAGAAGUUAAUUCAGUAUGAAUUAAAUAUUUAAGUAUUUGUAUAGUUUGUGUCCAAAAUGACACUAAGAUUUUGUGAUAUUAUUUCUUUGUUGAGACACUACAAAUUUAUAUGAAUCAUUAAAGAAAAAAUAAAUGUUUGAAAAAAUUUAUUUAAAA